AUGGAUGUCGAAGAGUCGCCAUGGGCCGAUUCGGGCCAGAGCUCCCAGCAAGCCUCCCAGACUGAUACUGCGAGCUCCAAGCCAUCAGCAUCACAAGGUGCUUCUCCGGCACCUCGCCCAUCGCGCGGGCCCCGUCGCCUUGUUGCUCAACCUACCCGACUGGAAGCCGUCGAGGAUCCGUUGGGUCCUUUGAGUGCCUCAGCUGAUGACAAUGACGGCGCUUCAGACGCCCCGCCUGUACCGCCGCAAAAGGAGCAGAUGGUAAUCCGAACGACUAUGCCCCAGCAGCAACAGCCCCGGCGGCCGAUUGACCCUCAUCAUGUGGAUGAUGAUGAGUUCAAAAGCCCUGGAGGUCCACGAGCACCUCCUCCAGUCGACGCCGCGAGACCGAGCAGCGUGCGAAGCAACACACAACCAAGUGUCAGCGUUGAGCAGGCGUCUAAGCCCUCGUUUCAUAUCACUGUCGGCGAUCCAGUCAAGAUUGGUGACUUGACAAGCUCACACAUUGUGUACUCUGUCAGAACAAAGACCACUUCUCGAGCUUACAAGCAACCCGAGUUCGAGGUGAAGCGACGAUACCGCGACUUCCUCUGGCUGUACAACACUCUCCAUGCCAACAACCCCGGCAGUAUCGUCCCUCCACCUCCCGAGAAGCAAGCAGUCGGUCGAUUUGACAGCAAUUUCGUCGAAGCUCGCCGAGCUGCCCUGGAAAAGAUGCUGAACAAGACUGCCGCCCAUCCCACGUUGCAACAUGACGCUGACUUGAAGCUAUUUCUCGAGAGUGAAGCUUUCAAUACUGAUAUCAAACACAGAGAACACAAGGAGCCUAUUCCUACUGAAAGCAAGGGUGUUCUGGGAUCCUUGGGCAUUAGCGUCGGGCGAGGAGACAAGUUCGUUGAGCAAGACGAUUGGUUCCAUGAUCGCAAGGUAUAUCUUGACGCUUUGGAAAAUCAACUCAAGGGACUGUUAAAGGCUAUGGAAACAAUGGUUGGACAACGCAAGAUGAUGGCUGAGGCGGCUGGCGAUUUCUCGGCUUCUCUGCAUGCUCUCUCCACCGUUGAACUAUCACCGUCCUUGUCCGGACCUUUGGAUGCGUUGUCUGAUCUCCAGCUCACUAUCCGAGAUGUAUAUGACAGACAAGCUCAGCAAGAUGUUCUGACCUUUGGUAUUAUUAUCGAGGAGUAUAUUCGUCUCAUUGGCUCCGUAAAGCAGGCUUUCACCCAGCGUCAAAAGGGUUUCUAUGCCUGGCACUCUGCUGAAUCUGAGCUCCAAAAGAAGAAAACUACUCAGGAUAAGCUACUUCGGCAGGGCAAGAGUCAACAAGAUCGCUUAAACCAAAUGAAUGCGGAGGUUGGCGAGGCAGAGAAGAAAGUGCAUCAAGCGAGAUUGCUCUUUGAGGAGAUGGGUCGAUCUUUGAAAACGGAGAUUGAUCGGUUCGAAAAAGAAAAGGUGGAGGACUUCAAGAGCGGAGUUGAAACAUUCCUUGAGAGUGCUGUCGAAGCACAGAAGGAGCUCAUUGAAAAGUGGGAGACGUUCUUAAUGCAGCUUGAUGCAGAGGAUGACGAGUCGGUCUUCUAUCGGCCGCCAGUAUUUCAACAGCAGUCGAAGCCACCGGGUGAUACGGCAAUUGACCGGGCUAGGGCGAGGAUGGAUGAGGAUUCUGACUAA